AAAUCAAACCCGUCUAAGGCAGGGCCGCUUAAUCAACGGUCCCGUCAUUCGUGGAAGCGUAACCAACCCUCCAGGAUGUUCGUAGUGGAACGACUCCGUACUGCCGUGAGGCGUCAACUCGAACGUGUGUCUCUGGAUCCACGCAGGCAGCAUACUGCCAUCGUUGAAGGUAUCAACUGGGUCGGAGGUCUUCUCGGGCUCGAUGUAUUUACGCCAAACUUUUCAGCGGGAAAUCUGCAUCUCCGACUGGUGCUACUAAACACGUUUGCGUUUUUCUGGAUCAAUCUGUACAAUCUGAGCACCACCUAUGGUGAUUUGGUUGAGUUUAUGUACUGUCUCGAGACACUGCUGUACGUGGGUAUUGCGUGCAUCAAGAUAUACGUGUUCGUCAAACACAAAACGCUCAUAGUGAACCUGCAAAAAUUCAUUGAACAAUUCUUCGAAAGCUUUCACGGUGAUCCGGAACAGGACGCAUUGCUGGUACGCUCGUUGCAGAACACGUAUCUGCUGGUGGCACUAUUCGGAUUCUGUUCCUGCUCUGCGGCAAUGCUCAUGUUCGUGUACUCGUUGAUGUGGUCGAUUGCGGUCGAAUAUACGCUUCCGCUCGGCUUCUUCAUUCCCACGGUCGGUAUGGACCAUCUGGAGGGGUUCGCUUUAAACUAUGCGUUUCAGCUAUUCGAAAGUACGCUCAUGGUGAUCGGAAUCAUCUCCAGCGAGUGCGCUUUCUUUAUGAUGCUGCAAAACGCAUGUCUGCAGGUGGAUAUGUUACUGCUCGAGUUGAAGCGGUUGGGACGGCUAGGUGCCUCUAACACCGAUGGGCAUCACACUGCUGAAAUACGGACCCGCAUACAAGCGAUCAUCGUACAUCAUAUCGAUCAUUUGGAGUAAGUAAGGGCGAACCUUAACAGUGGACAAACGGUCGUAACCUCAUCACUGUGUUGCUGUAUCGUUUCAAGCUACUCCAAGAUCAUGUGCCGUCUGUUCGAGGUGCACUUCUUCAUCGUGUUCGGAUGCAUCUUUUGUCAGCUGGUUAGCAUCAUUGUGGUGAUAGUGGCUGUAAGAUAAACGCUUUUAGCCUUACAAUAUACAAGCAGUUAAGCACGUUCAAUGCGUUUCUCACCCGGUUGCAGGUUCCCGACUGGUAUCCCGGAUACUUUUUAUUUGCCAUGCUAACAGUUCAACUAUUCUUCAGCUGCGCUUUGGGACAAGUUUUCGACAUUAAGGUGGGUGAAGGGUUUUUUCUCCUCGGUGUUAAUUGAUGCAAACUAAUUUAUGGCUUUCAGUGCGAGGAAUUAACGGUUGCGAUUUAUAACGUGCCCUGGUAUAAUAUGGAGGUGUGCGACCAAAAGGCGAUGAGAUUGUUGUUGCUGGCCUCACAACACCCCGGACGACUUUCGUACGGCUUUGGGACAGUUAAUAUGCGUGCUUUUUUUGAGAUUUAUAGAAAGACCUACUCCAUUGGCAUGAUGAUGAUAAGUGUUAAUGAGGAAAAUUAGAAGAGAAAAUGUUUGCAUUGCCUGUUUAUUGUAACGUGAUAUCGCUUGUGCAUCGCUUCAAACU